CUGCUCAGCCUCCGCGCGUGUCCGGAUUUCCAUACAGGUGCGUCCUCGGCUCCAGCCCUCGUUUGACUGUCAAAUCAGCGGCGCGGCUCCUUUUCUCCGCCCUGCGCAUCCCGCAUCCAGUCGCUAGCAGAGAGGAGCGCAGGGGAGUGCCCUGCACCGCGGCCAGCCGACACACACACAGCCUCCUCCUCCUCCUCUUCCUCCUUCUGCACUGAAGCCGGACUCCUCUGCCCGAUAAACUCUACCGACUCUCAGCUCUUAACUGUCGCUGGCAAAGCCCCUUCUGCAUCUUCCAUCAACCGGCUGCACACAAAUCGACCCGCGGUCCUCUCCGGUAGGCCUGACGCAGUAGCAUCAUGGAGGAGUUAGACGUUCCACAGAUGAGGAGAGAAGUGGAAAGCCUUCAGUAUCAGCUGGCAAUCAACAGGGAGAAAUCCUCCAUCACUGUUACUGAGCUGGUGAAGUGGAUCGAGGGUUGUGUUUGUGAAGAUCCAUUUCUGAACCCUGAGCUGAUGAGAGCCAACCCCUGGGUGGAGAAGGGCAAGUGUGUGAUCCUCUAAUGGUCACACAUACUCUCACACACACACACACACACACACACACACACACACACACAUUAUUGCUAUAAUCAUGUUUAUUUAUUAGGAGACUCCUGAAUGCUUUUAAUUUAUGUGAAGACUACUGUGUGUGUGUGUGAGUGUGCAGCACUGAGUAGCUUUCUAGAGGUUUGUUUUGAUGGACUGCUGAGAAAUGUUAAACCACACGUUUUUAUUGGCUCUUUACACUGUCAAAUCAAAAUAAAGACUGUUUUGAAUUUAA